AUGGAAAGUGAAAGCCAAGAAAAAGAGGAGGAGAUAAGUAAUUUUCUAUUUGAUAUCAUGAAGGACUACAGUGACUCUGUGAUACCACCACUGUCACAAAUAUCAACUUUGCAUGAGCCUGAAAUUGUGUGUGUUGAAAAGGGUUCGAGCUCAAGAAAGCGUGGGAGGCCACCAAAAGGCACGGCUAGAAGUGAGAGUGUCCAGAAAGAGAGAGAUAGGAGGGUAAAGAUGAGUCAGAAUUAUAAUUAUCUUCAGUUAAAUGUCCCUGAUCUCUUUCCCAAGGCUACAAGGGAGAAGAUAGUUUCUGAAACUGCGAAGUAUAUAAUUCUUCUUGAAGAAAAGAAAAGGCAGUUGGAGAAGCUUAAGGAAUCAUCAAAAUCAAUGGCACCAAUUAGAGGGACAGUUCCUAACUCGAAUUUCUCUGACAAUGUCAUCGUCUCUAGCAAUGUCACAUUUUUUGGGAUUCAAACGUUGAUGAAACAAGGCCUAUUGACAAAGAUUUUCAUGGUGUUUCAUAAGCACCAAGCAGAAGUCUUGGCGGCAAAUGUUGCAGUUAAUCAUGGGCAAGUAAUGGUUACAAUUACAGCGUGUGUUAAUGGCAAUGGAGGCAAUACCGUUGAGAAGAUUAAGAAGGAGAUUUUGAUUUUAUAGGUUUCAAUUGUCUUUUUUCAAGUAAAUAUAUUUUUAAUACGGAUUA